UUGUUAACAUCUUGCAUGGUUCUGCAAUGUUUAAAAGGAGAAGUAUACCAAUAUUGUGCAAAACACAGCUGGGAAACACAUAAGUGCCAAUUCAUCCUGAGUGUUGAGCAGUCGUUCAUAGACUUAAGAAGGCAGGAAAACUGUCUCUUUUUGGUGGGCCACCACACCCCCCUGCAUCACCAUGUCCAAGUACCUGAGGCAUUUCACCACAGUGGGUGACGACCACACAGCCCAGUGGCAGGAUGAGGAGCUACAUGAAGCUAGUGAGGAGCUGGGACCAGCCACAGGACAGAUGCCCCAGGGGGAACUCUCCUUCAGAGACUCCCUGAAGAUGCUCUACAGCUCCAACAAAUUCCAGAUAGUUGUGGUGUGCCUGGUCAUCCUGGAUGCCAUCUUUGUGCUGGUCGAGCUACUGAUCGAACUAUCAAUCAUUGAUUUGGAGCAUGGACACAUUGCCCCUCAGGUGUUCCACUACCUGAGUCUGGCUCUUCUCACCUUCUUCAUGGUGGAGCUGGCUGGGAAGCUCUUUGCUUACCAGCUGGAGUUCUUCCACCACAAGUUUGAGGUGUUUGACGGGCUGGUAGUGAUUGUGUCCUUCAUCCUGGAUGUUGUGUAUACAGCCCGUGAAGAGGCUUUCGAUGCCUCUAUGGGCCUCCUGAUCCUCCUCAGGCUCUGGAGGGUGGCGAGGAUAAUCAACGGUAUCCUGGUGUCUGUGAAGGCAAGGGCCGAUCGCAAACUUCACAAGCUGAAGGAGAGCAACGAUCAACUGGUCCAGCGAGUUAGCGAGCUACAAGAGCGCAGCGGCAAGACGGAACAAGAGAACAGUAAACUACGGGCUCUCCUGCGACAGCAUGACAUUGCAUACUGAUGCAGGAAGAGGAACAAGAUGCCAUUUUCAUUAUCCACUUCUAAAGUUUUAUUGGAAUUGAUCAAUAAACAAGGGCAUAUUCUGAAAGGUGUUGACCAUCCAUACACUAUUUGUGUCAGUAAUUCCACCAUGACAGGAGCUUACACUGCCCAGAUAGAUACUAAAUCUGUUUGUAAAUCCCAAAUCUGUUUGUACUCUUGCCAACUCAAUUGCUGUCAUUGUCAAACCAAACAUUUGGCAUGACAAUGAAUGACAAUGAGUUGGUAAUAUAGCACAAAGACUGGCACUCAGGCUAGAUAGAUUCCACAUGAUUAGGUCAACCUUCCAACCAUUAUCUGCAUAUUUAAGCAGAUUAUAAAAGCUGAUCAGACUUCAUUGAUAUCAUAUGCCAGUAUUUCACAUUGCUUGAUAUUUUUACAUGUGCUAUGCCUUUAUUCAGCUAAUAUUUUGUACUUUAGAUCCUGUAAUGAAUUUGUUGCAUCUUGCUGUUUUCGGAAUAUCCAUUUUUUUUUUUAACAUUUAAUUUUACCUUUAUUUAACCAGGCAAGUCAGUUAAGAACACAUUCUUAUUUUCAAUGACGGCCUGGGAACAGUGGGUUAACUGCCUGUUCAGGGGCAGAACGACAGAUUCGUACCUUGUCAGCUCGGGGGUUUGAACUCACAACCUUCCGGUUACUAGUCCAACGCUCUAACCACUAGGCUACCCUGCCGCCCCAUUGCUUGCUAUGCAAAGACAAUACAAGUAUAAAUCACUGUGAAAGUAUUAUUAAAUGUUUCUUUAUUGAUUUUUUUAUACAAAAAAUAUUACAAAUAAAUAAAAGGUGGUUGCUAACAGCAGCUGAGUGCCAUCAGAGAACAUCAGGGUUUUUAUUCUCUA